UGKGAUCUGGGCCGUGUGCACUUUACUUUCCUCUGCUGUUGCAACAGCUGGGAGAUCUAAAAAAGWAAAAAAAAAGGGGGGGUCAUGCCACUAAAUGUUGUGCUGGACGGGCCUCCCCCCUGGGGUUUCCGCCUGACAGGAGGAAAGGACUUCAACCAGCCCCUGACCAUCUCCAGGAUCACUCCUGGUAGUAAAGCGUCCAGUGCCAACUUGUGUGCUGGUGAUGUCAUCCUGGCCAUAGAGGGCGCCCCUGCUGCCAACAUGCUGCACUGUGAAGCUCAAAGCAAGAUAAAAGAAGCCAGCAAUCAGCUUCAUCUCACUGUWGAAAGGAAUGAAUCCAGACUAUGGUCUCCUCGUGUGAUGGAGGAAGGGAGAGCUCAUCCAUUUAAAAUAAAUCUGGAAGCAGAGCAGCAGGAACACAAACCAAUCGGCACAGCGCACAACCGAAGAGCUCAGCCGUUUGUCGCAGCCGCCAACAUCGACGACAAGCGUCAAGUGGUCAGCACAGCCUACAACACUCCCAUAGGCCUCUACUCCUCGGGCAACAUCCAGGACGCCAUGGAGGGCCAGAUCCGAGGCCUGGUUCAGCACAAGCCUGAGAGUCCCAGGACCCUGGCCACCAUUGAGGACUCUGAUGUGUACCAGAUGUUACUGAAAGACCAGGAGCAGCCCCAGGAGCCUCGGCAGUCUGGUUCCUUUAAAGCCCUGCAGGACUUUAUCGACAGUGAUGGCGCUCGGCCCAUUGUGACUCGGACCGUAAAAGCCCCCACAACCAAAGCUGCUCCACCUACAGGAAACCUGCAGAAACUGCCCAUCUGCAACAAGUGUGGGAAUGGGAUUGUUGGGACAGUGGUGAAAGCUCGGGACAAAUAUCAUCACCCCGGCUGCUUCGUUUGCUCCGACUGCGACGUCAACCUGAAACAGAUGGGCUACUUCCUGGUGGAGGGGCAGCUGUACUGCGAGAGUCACGCUCGAGCCCGAAUGAGACCACCGGAGGGGCACGACCUCGUCACCACAUUUCCCUCUGCGUAGAUCCUUCUUCUGUGGGCACAAAACACUUUGGCUAAUCCUCUCAGGUUCCACGAUCUGUAUUUAAUGUGUUUGUGUGUAGAAUAUUCUGAACAACACAACAUGCAGUCGUGACACGUUUUGAUCACAUUUCACAGCAGAUAGCUGAGCAAGCUUGUUAUUUAAAGAGGGAUUGCUUUUUAUCUGACAAGGGUCACUUCAGGAUAUUUUAAAUGAGUUUCUGUAAAAAGUUAUGAAUGAACAUAUUGUUGCAGAGAGCUCUUUAAACAACCCAAAUUCACAGAAGCAGUUUAUUUCUGACUGGACUGAUGAGUUAAAGGCUAGUCUGAGCAGGUCUACAACCAAAGUUGAUUUCUGUCAUCUUAAAAAAAACUCCAAUGUCAAAAAAACAUUUGUUUAAAAAAAGCCAUCUACGACAGGUAAGAUAAUUACUCACAACCUUUUUCACAGAACACUGCUAAACAAAUUUGRCUCAGAGAGGGACGAUCACCUUCAACUUUAUGCUUUAAUUUACUGCAGGACUUGAGAAAAAAUAGCUUAGAAACAAAAAAAUCCUCUUUAUCUAAAUGACAUGUUGUCUGAUACCYGACCUCUGAAAAUAUGAAGAUGUAGGUUUAUUGCCAGAAUGAGUAGAGAAUUGGAUGUUACAUUAAAAAUAUAAAAAUAUUAUUAAUAAUCCAUUUACAGAAUAAAAUGACAUCUUUGUGUUUAAUUUUAUCUGUGGAAKUUUAAUAAAACUUUACAACAUGAUGGAGUUGUUUGUUGUAAGGUGUGCACAUGUCUCAUAUAAAACAGAAUAUUUUGUUUUGUGAAAAUAAAAUCAUUUGCCUGCUAAAAAUC